AACACAUUUUCAGUGCGCUGUUUGUCGUUGCGGUUGUUUGGCGCGCGCUUUUCUUAAUUGCCAAUAUUUAAUACCAAUUUUUUUUGGAAUUUUUGGAUAGUUGGAUGUGUCAUGUGUUUGUUGUUGGUGUUGUCGCUGUUGUUGUUGUUGCUGCUGUUGCCGUUGGCUUUUAACUGUUAGUCGUCCUCUUUUUUUUUUUUCAAAUUUUUCGACGACGCCUUAAGUUGUCCUUUGUGUGUGUGCGAGUGUGUGUGUGCGUGUGUGUGUUGUAUCACCUGAUGCGGCGUCGCGGGCAAAACGUCAGCAACAUGACCUAAUUUUAAAUCAAACGUCAGCUUCCACAACAGAGCGUUUUAGCCAGGACAUCAACCCAGCCGAAAAAACCAAAUAGAAAUCAAAAAUAACCCACCCUAUUAGAGGUCCACCCUACGCUUGACGGGCUUCCUGGCAAAGGAAGAAGCGAAUUCAUCUUGCAACCGCUGGCUAUCAUCAGUUUUGUGGCUGCCACAUGGAACAGCUGUGCUAUGUGGCACUCAGCUGCCUGCUGGGCAUUAUACUGCUCUAUGGCUUACUUGAACUCCACUAUUUCCUGCGCAUGUGCCUCUGUGUGCUGCUGGCGCGCUUUGUGAAGCGACGCUGCCACAUCCUGGAGUCCACCACAGUCAGCGGUGUUUGCCUCAGCAACGAUGUGGACACUUUGCUCUAUCACAUGAACAACGCACGCUAUUUUCGGGAACUCGAUUUUGCCCGCGUCGAUUUCUAUGAGCGCACCAAACUCUAUAGCACCAUCACCCGACUGGGUGGCUCAGUGUUCCAAGGUGCCGCCACCAUACGGUAUCGUCGCUUCAUUCGCCCCUUUCAUCGCUUCAAGAUUAUUUCCAGGAUCAUCUACUGGGACGAGCAAUCGCUCUUCAUGGAGCAUCGUUUUGUGCGUCCCUCGGAUAAGUUCGUGCACUGCAUUGUCAUCUGUCGUCAGCGCGUGAUCGAUGUCUCCAUGGAUGCGAUAAUGUCCGAGUUGUUGCCGAAGACGUCGACGACGCCGUUGCAGGCUUCCAGGCAUACGUUAAGCUCCACGGCCAGUCUGCAUCCGGUGGGAAUGGGAACGGCAACAACGGUGCCCGCGGCAGCAUUGGAAGCCUCUCAAGCGGAGAAUGGACAUGUGGCAAGCACAACAACAACGGGCACAACAAUGGGCACAACAACAACAACGUCGUUGGCGAAACUGAAGCCACCGUUACCGCCAGAAUUGUGCAAAUGGAUCGAAUAUAAUGACAUGUCCAGCAAGAAUCUACGAAGCGGCUGCUGACCGAGCGACGGAACCGAAGCUCCACGAAUCGAAGCGGAAUCGAAACGAACUAGUUCCAAAAUCAACUCAACUAAUUGGAGCAUUUCUAUGCAGAAUUUACGAGCUCAUUUUCGAUUUCGGAAUUAGUUUGCCGCUUUUUCACAUUUAAUAUAAUUAUGAUUAUUAUUAAAUAUUCUAUUUUGUUAUACUAAAUGUUAAUCGAUGUAUAUUUAAGUGUGUGUGUGUGUAACUGUGUGUGUGUGAGUGUGUCUAUUGUAAAGUGUGCAAAUAUUGACACAUGUUUACAUGUGUCAAGUGCUUUAACUUUAGCUCUAAGUUGUCUGAAUCUGAAUGGCCUAGCCGUAAGUGCACCUAGCCUAGCCCAAUCUAUGCAUCAUGUAUAAUAUCCAAUAACAAACACCAAUACUACAAGCUAA